UAGGCUUGGCAAAUACGCAACGUUUUUAUUUCACAAUAUCAUAAAUAAAAGUUGGUUGAGCAACCAGAAAACUGUUUAUUGAGGAAAACGUAUUGAGUAAAGCUAUAGGCUAACCGGUCGAACACAAAGUGAACGGCUAAAAAUGCGAUUCUGACAUAUCGCCUAAUCUUUCUUGCGCAAUGACCCAACACCGAGUGCUCGCUCAAGUCACACCUCGAAGCGUAACUGUACAGGUCCGACCGCGUAUUUUGGACUGAAUUAUCGGGACUUACUGCACAGACAUCAUGGCUGUUUCGGUCCUGCGCGCCUGGGGACAUGGUCGCGGUGUGUUUGAUGUGGCGCAGCUACACAUCAGGAGCUACUCGAGCUCCUCCGGGGGACAUUAUAAGUUCCUCGUCCUGGGGGGCGGAAGCGGGGGCAUCACGAUGAGCGCACGUAUGAAGAGGAAGGUCGGCGCCGGUAACGUGGCAGUAGUGGAGCCAAGUGAGACCCACUAUUACCAGCCAAUCUGGACUUUGGUUGGUGCUGGUGCAAAGACAGUCAGGUCGUCGGGGCGACCCACUGCCAAUGUGAUGCCAUCUGGGGUGAAGUGGAUCAAAUCCAGGGUCCAGGAGAUCAAUCCAGACAAGAACACUGUUCGCACGGACGAUGGGAAGGAGAUCUCUUACGAAUAUCUGAUUGUGGCCCUGGGUCUUCAACUUCACUAUGAAAAGAUCAAAGGGCUCCCAGAGGCUUUUGAACACCCGAAAAUAGGUUCAAACUACUCCGUAAAGACGGUGGAAAAGACUUGGAAAGCCCUCCAGGACUUCAAGGAGGGAAAUGCCAUUUUCUCCUUCCCCAACACCCCCGUGAAGUGCGCAGGUGCACCCCAGAAGAUCAUGUACCUCUCGGAUUCCUACUUCCGAAAGACGGGAAAGCGGUCCAAAGCCAACAUCAUAUUCAACACUUCCCUGCCAGUGCUGUUUGGGGUGAAAAAAUAUGCCGACUCACUGUGGGAGAUAGUGAAGAGCAGGGACCUGAACGUCAACCUCCGGCACAACCUGAUCGAGGUCCGGCCCGAAAAGCGGGAGGCGGUGUUCGAAAAGCUCGACAGCCCCGGGGAAACGGUGGUUUAUGACUAUGAAAUGCUUCACGUCUCCCCGCCAAUGGGUCCCCCAGACGUUCUGAAGGGAAAUGUGCUGUCUGACCCAAAUGGGUGGCUGGACAUUGACAAGGACACUCUGCAGCAUAAGACCUACCCCAACGUGUUUGGUAUCGGAGACUGCACCAAUCUGCCCACAUCCAAGACAGCUGCUGCAGUGGCUGCACAGUCAGGUGUGCUGGACAGGACCAUCUCAAAGGUGAUGAAAAAAGACAAGCCGGACAAAAAGUAUGAUGGCUACACCUCCUGCCCGUUGGUUACCAGCUACAAAACGGUGAUCCUGGCAGAGUUCGACUAUGAUGGCCAGCCACUGGAGACCUUCCCUGUGGACCAGAGCAAAGAGAGCAGGAUCAUGUACCACAUGAAAGCCGACAUGAUGCCACAUCUGUACUGGCACGGCCUGCUAAAGGGACUGUGGGGAGGACCAGGGCCAUACAGGAAGAUCAUGCACCUGGGAAUGAAGUAGCACCACACACUUCUACUUUCUUCCUCUCCCUCUCCCCCCCCCCCCCCCCCCCAGGCCCACAAGUGUGCUCCUUCCAGAGAUUCGCUGCCUUUGUGAUCACGUUUCAUUUCCAUUUUACUGCUGACUGACACGGGCCGCUCAUUUCAAUAGGAGUCCAAGUUUCCUGGAGUUAUGUAAUCGUUCUCCGCCUUCAUAAUAAUUCACUCCACUGCAGAACCCAAACCACCUCCCCCACCCGAUCCAAAAUCCAAAUUUACACAUCUGGCACAAUUUUCCCCUCAAUCAUAAACUUCUGUGGGAUGAUUGUGUGGCCUUAAGUCUGGGUUAUGAUUUCGGUCUAAAUGAAAUAUCAGUUCACACUACAGAAAUGAGAAGGGAUCAAUUAUACAGACUUCAGAUAACUGUAUGGCUAAAGGCUUUAAACUACACAACCAAUUGAUUACAGAGAAAUUAACUGCAAUGGUGUGCAUGGCCACAGAAAUCCUGAUGCUGGCAAUUUCUCCUUUACUGAAAGUGGUCUGAUCACCUGCGUGCCACUUUGCAGAAAUAUAGCUUAAAUGGAUGAGUCCCAAAAUGUCUGAAUAGAUGAAGGCCAGUGCAUUGUGUCAAGCAGUAACUCACAAUAAUUAAUACUGAUUACCAACUGCAAUGUAUCUAUGAGGUGGUGGCUAUUCUGUCAAGUGCAAUUAAAUCCACGCAAAUAGCUUUUUAGCAAUUAGCAUUUACUGUAAGCAAGCGUUACAAGGAGUGCGUUCAUCGUGGUGCUGGAGAGGGUGGCUACGCAUGACACGGAUGGUGUACAAAUGAUCAUUUAAGCACCCAGUUUGUUGCUGAUAACAUGAACUGUAAAGACAUACAGCCUUUGUACGCUGGUAUAUUUUUAAAAUUAAUUACAGCCUCUCACACUUGCAUUAUUAAAAAUAUGCUUUGCCCUGUU